AUGGCGGACGAAAGCUGUCGCAUAGCGUUGGUUUUACUUUGUGGAAUUCCAGCAUCUGGGAAGUCUACUCUUGCGUCAAAACUACAGGAUUAUGUGAAAAAAACAAGAGGGAAUACAAUGCACGUUAUACACGUUUGUUAUGAUGAUUUCAUUCCUUUUGAUUUGGAAUUGAACGAAGGCGCGGUGUAUGUAUCUCGAAAUGAUGACUUAGUUCAUGAAAACAGCAGUGAAGAAGAAAGUAAUACUCCGUUAUUUGAUGGUGCUAAUGGUUUUUUAAAGUAUUCUUUAUGGAAGCAGUACAGAAAGAUCGUAUUUGAAACAGUGGACCGGGCUUUAAACAUGAUAGAAAAUCAGCACGAAAAUGCGUCUAUAGAUGAUCAAAUGGUAGACGGUUUUCCCUCUGUUGAUGAGUUUUGGAGCAUCUUGCAAAAAAGCCAGAAAAUAAACUGCUCUUGUUUCAUUUCAGCUGAGUGCAGGUAAGGGUAAUUGUAAGGGCUCCCUGUCAUGGUUGGUUUUCAGCUAAUUUCACGGCGGCCGUGCGCUGGUGCACAAGAACAAAAACGUUUUGUCGUUACAAUUAGGGGACCAUUGCUCUAUAGAGGAAAAGAAGGAGGUGCGCGAGCAAAAUGACAAGUUCAAUGUGAUGAAAAAUUAAUGUUGUAUGUUUGACAACAAAGAACGAAAAAAGUGCAAAUACACUGUACUGGUACUGUAAUUUAUGGUAGAUUCAAGUGAGAAUAAUACAGAAAAUAGUAAAAAAGGAAUGAACAAAAAAGAGUAAGAUGUAAGAUGUAAACCGCAUGUGUAAACAACACAACAGCGUAUUUGAGUAGUAAAACGAGCCCGUAAGUCAAUAAAAAGGAGACAUUUCGUUUCAAGGGGAUUUUCAUUACUUGCACGUUUCCCUUUGGUAUGAACUAAGCUCUUUUUUCAUGUGAAUUCUGUGAAAAAGGAUUACUGUUUCAUCAACAAACAUAGUCACCUUGUCAUGUGACUGAAAAUCAGUAAUACACUUCAUAAGGUGGAUGGAGCUGGGUGAAGGGGUGGGAGAAUAGGGCGGGGGGGAGGCAGGAGGAGCUGGAGGAUAUUAUGCAAUAGAGCAUUUCAUGGUUCCAAAACCCUUUACUUUCACAAUGAGUCUAAUUUUUAAGAACACAUUUUCUGUUCACACAAGGAUAAACAUUAUUACUUUCAAUUAACAGAGACAUUGCACUUCCCCUCAUUUUGAGAAAGAGGCAUGGGACAACUCAGAAAUUGCCUUUUGUGCAAGAAGUAAAUCUGACCUUUUACAGAUUGAAAACCUUAACCUUGCUCACGACUCAGGUUUCCCACAGCUCUGUGGUAAGAGCAUUCAAACCAGUAUUCUGGAUGGUUAUGGAAUAAACUAAAUUAUGUUAAUUCCCCUCGUGUCAACUCAGCAAGUUUCUUUUCCGAGUUAGAUCCCAUCAUAUAUUUGCUUGCAACUGACAAGUUCUUGAAUUUUGUCCAAAACUAAUAAAUCAUAGUCAUUAGUGUUCAAUUGGUGUAGAAAUUUAUAUUUACACACCAUAUCAUAAUUUAUUUAUUUUACAGUUGGAAUGGUACUCAUGUGUUAUUACUGGAUGACAACUUUUAUUACCACAGUAUGCGGUAUGAAUACGUUCAGCUGGCAAGGAAAUGUGAGUAGUUUUUUUGUAACUACCAAAUACCAAUAAACUAUUCACAACACUCACAAUGAAGUUGAAAUACCAGUACACCUAAUUACAGUGGAACCCUGCCUUACAGGUACCUCAGUAACAUUGUCACCUCUUUAUUAUGGCCACUUUUUUUGGCUAUGCAGUAAUACUACUGACAGUUUGACUAUGCUAACUGCUGAGGGUAAACAAGGGUAAUUUAUUAUUUUGUUAAAUAUUGUUAUUCCAGUAUUUUAUUAAUAAGCCAGUUUGUUUUAAGGAAGACAGUGCUGGGCUUGCAGAAGUUUUCUUGGAAUGUCCACUAGAAAUUGCCAUGCAGCGAAACAGCUUAAGAACCCAUCCUGUAUCCUCACAAACUAUGAUGACCAUGUCCAGUAAAAUGGAACCUCCAGAUCCUGAAAAGUUUCCCUGGGAGCAGCAUUACCUUACUUUGAAAACUGAAGGAGAACUUAAAGCUGAAACAAUGUAAGUGGGUAAUGGUGACAUUGAUUGUACAGUCAGGAUCACUUGAGAACUUCCAAGACUUGCACUUAGGGUAAUAAAAGGAAAAGACACAUUUAAAUAUACUGUAAAUGUAACUUUGUUACUGCAAUUAUCUUCAUGUUCACUGGCUGAUUCAUUGUAGCUGAGUCUAUGAGAAGUAUUUGGUAUUUCUCUGAGAAUGAGAAAGGACUUAGAUCCAGAAAGAUACUAGUGACUGGUCCAUUUACAAAAACACUGAACAGCCUUUUUUUGUUGAGUGAAUACUCCAACUUGAGUCAUUCUUGACUUUAAUUCUUACUGUGGUUACAUAAGAAAAUUAUUCCUACACGUAUCCUGAUAAGCUGUUUGGCUUUUUUCGUUACCAUUGUCUAAAAUACAGUCAAUAUGGACACUGAUGAGGGGGCCAUAGAGAGUUUCCAUAUUGACGGGGUGUCUGUAUUAAGCAGGUUAAAUUUAGAGAAAAAUGUAAGGGCUCGGCGGGCAAGGGAAACUCUUCCUUAUAAUGAGGUGGCCGUAUUAAGCGGGUGUCUGGGGUUCAACUGUAAUAAAUUAUAAAUGGUGGUAAAACGUACUUAAAUUAUUACAUGUACACCUAUAAGUCUGUAUAUUUCUAUACCAGGGAAUAUGUUAUUCAGCUUGUAUUAAAAGCUAUGAAGAGUCCCUUCAUACAGGCUGUGGAAGAAGACUCUGAAGAGAAGGUCAGUUCAGUGGAACCUUGAUAUAAUAAAGAGCCAAGGGAUUUGAAAAAUAUGUUCUUGAUAACGAGGUUUCAUUAUAUCGAGGUUAUUUUCCAUAUAUUUUACUAUUACUGGGGUAAUAAAAAUCAUUUGUUUUACCGAGGACUUUGUUAUAAUAUACAUGUAUAGAGGUUUGUUAUAUCGCGGUUUCACUGUUAUUGGUUAAGCCCCCUCUAGCUAUAAAGCAUUUUAACCUAUUUCACACUUGAAUUGCCCAUAAAAAUCAAUGUGGAACCACAGCCCUUCUACCAGUGACCCUUUUGCCGACAGAAAUAUUGCUAAGAACCGGAGGAGGACUUUGUAAACCUUUGCCUACCUCCUGCGGGGAUGGUUAUGUUUUUUAAAUUAAGGCCAUUUCUAGUCUCCCUCGCAGCCGUUUUUGUCUUGUCACACAACGCUCCUCCCCAGGAGCAUUACGUGACGAGACAAAAAUGGCUGCGAGGGAGAUUAGGCCAUUUCCGAGUUGCCUCAAUCCUCUGUUUUAAAGCGAGACUAUGUGCAAAGCCACUGAUAUGAAAAUGAUUUUUUAUUCCGAUGCAAAUAAAAUUGAUUUUCACAAGAAAGUUUUUGCUCUUGGCCUACUUUUCAAAGUGAGAGCUUUUGGAACAUAUUACCCGGAAAUGGCCUUUUGAGCACUGUUAGUCUUAAUUUAGCAGUAAUUUUUUGUCAUUUUUACUUUAGAUAAUCAUUAAUUUUAUUCAAACUUAUUUGACAGGAGAAGUCAAGAAUGGCCUGCAUAACAAGCAUCAUUUAUCAAACUGAUCAAGUUCUUAGGAAAUAUAUUACUAAGGCCAUCACAGAGGCAAAAGGUUAGUUCUCGUGAUUCAAGAUAGCAGUAACAUUAUCUUCUCAGCCAAGAACUGUCAGCUGUGUCAAGUAACUAUUAUUAUUAAUGAACAUACUAAAUAAUCUUCUCCCAGUAUGGGACUUUUCAGGGAUAAUGAAACUAAUAAUUCAAAUGCAACAUAUCAACAAGGUUAAAAAUCCGAGCUGGUAAGAGAUGACCCAGUUGGUUAUUUUAUAAAUGUGGCCGAGGAUCUGAACACAGGAGAAAAAGACAACAAAGAACUCAGGGUCUCCGGAUUACAAGUCCAGUACUUUAACCACUCGGCCAUGCUGCCUUCCUGAUUGAGGUUCAGGGUUCAGAAAUAUUUCACACCAUUGAUUUACAUUUCAAACUGACAAAAUGUAAUUACACAAAACAUUGUCCAUGAGUUCAGCUGCACCCACCCCUCCCACCACCACCACUCUCCACCCCUCUUCCCUUAUUUGUAUUUUAUUAUUUUUUUCUCUCCCCCACCUAACGUUUCCACGUUGCUCCAACCGAAUUGCCUGCUUCACGGAUUAGCUCUCUUAUGUUUAUCAUAUUUGUAUCAGCUUUAUCAUUGUUUCUUCACCAUUUUAAUCUUUUUAGUCAGUUUCAUUGUUUCUGCCUUGUUUCUUCCCAAUCAAAGGUAAUGGGAAAGGGAGAAAAGAGCUUCAACUACUGGCAAGCCAACUGAACAAGGACAAAAAGACAUUCUUGGAAAGUUUACACAACAUCAAAAGUCAGCAGGAAUGUAAUAGAAAAGUACAGAAGGCGAGGCCUCCUGUUGACAGCUGCCUCGUGGAGUAUACCGAGUCCACAGUACAUAAGACUUCUGCGAGAAAAAGCUUAACAAAUGAUUUUCAAAAAGAAAGAACAGCAGUUACAAGUGCGGAGAUAGAUAGAUACGCGAGUGUUAGUAAAACGAAAGAUUUAAACAAAGAAAUGAUAGAUGACUAUAGUGAAGUUGGAACCGCUAGAAAACAUCUCUGUCUUCAGUGUUUUCCAAAUGUUGAGGACAAAGAAGACUUUGGGCUUUUUGUGGAAGGUCUUUUCAGACAAAACUUUGAGGCAAAAUAG